CUCUGCCAUGGACGGACACCUUGCGUUCGGUUACAAAGUCACAUACCAGUGGGUUCUCAACCGUGCCAAAGAGAUUGGUAUAGAACCCGAAGACGAUUCCGCUAGAGCGAGAACAGACGUCAUGAUGAAGUUGCUAACUAAGCUCGCAAUACGGGUUGGCUUGUUACGGCAGGUACGACCGAUCUCCGUCAAAGGCAAAGACGUUAUUGCCUUCUGCAUCGCCUCCACUGACCCCGGCGACGGGCUACCCCGGAGAGUGACGGAUGCCGACAAGGUUGAGAAGCUCAGGCAGCUGGUUGGCGCAGACGGGCCUCCGAACUGGUGGCGGCAGGAUUAGCAAGAUAGUCCGCUCGGCUCUGGUGUGAGUGGCGCACCCGAUACUUAGUAAACGAUUCACUUAUACAUUGUUGUUGCUCUGAUAGUAUACUACUGUCUGUACCGCCGUGCCCAGCGUUUCCGUCUCGUGCUGCAGCCGUUGUGCUCUGCACGUUGGCCUAUCCUAAUUUUGUUUGUGCUCGUCCACCCGCGCUAUUCUCUCCCCUCCUGCGGUUAUCCGUUUAUGAAAAGAGGAACGAGCAUGUUCACGGCGUGGUGUACCCGUAAGCUUCUUGUAGACAUAGAUUGCGUAUUAAGUCAUGUAAUUAGUGACGUUUUGUUGGGCAAUUGCCAUGGCAAGUCCUAUAUCAGCCAACUUUGACAGUGGCGGGU